GCGGGCCUGGCCCUGGCGCUCCUGGUGGCCGCCACGGUGUUCCAACGCGGCAUGACCCCCGGGCAGCUUCUGCAGGAGCCGCCGGCGCCCGUGCCGGACCCCCUGAAGUCCCAGAAGCCCAGUGGACAGCUGGCGAGCCCCAACAGCUUCUGGAAGAGUCCCAAGGACCCGGUCGUAGCCUCCACCGAGGAGGCGGCGCCCGACGGGCCGCCCGCGUGGGACGUGACCAGCACCAACUGCUCCGCCAACACCAACCUGACGCACCAGACCUGGUUCCAGGGCCUGGAGCCCCACUUCCGGCAGUUUCUGACCUAUCGCCACUGCCGCUACUUUCCCAUCCUGCUGAAUCACCCCGAGAAGUGCGCGGGGGACGUGUACCUGCUGGUCGUGGUCAAGUCCAUCAUCACGCAACACGAUCGCCGGGAGGCCAUCCGCCAGACGUGGGGCCGCGAGCGGGCGGCGGCGGGCGGCGGCCGGGGCGCCGUGCGCACGCUCUUCCUGCUGGGCACGGCCUCCAAGCAGGAGGAGCGCGCCCACUACCAGCAGCUGCUGGCCUACGAGGACCGGCUGUACGGCGACAUCCUGCAGUGGGACUUCCUGGACAGCUUCUUCAACCUGACCCUCAAGGAGAUCCACUUCCUCAAGUGGCUGGACAUCUACUGUCCCCGCGUGCCCUUCAUCUUCAAAGGGGACGACGAUGUCUUCGUCAACCCCACCAACCUGCUGGAGUUCCUGGCGGACCGGCGCCCGCGCGAGAACCUGCUGGUGGGGGACGUGCUGCAGCACGCACGGCCCAUCCGCAGGAAGGAGAACAAGUACUACAUCCCGCCCGUGCUCUACCCCAAGGCCAGCUACCCGCCCUACGCGGGCGGCGGCGGCUUCCUCAUGGCCGGCCGCCUGGCCCGGCGCCUGCGCCACGCGUGCGACACGCUGGAGCUCUACCCCAUCGACGACGUGUUCCUGGGCAUGUGCCUGGAGGUGCUGGGCGUGCAGCCCGUGGCCCACGAGGGCUUCAAGACCUUCGGCAUCUCCCGGAACCGCAACAGCCGCAUGAACAAGGAGCCCUGCUUCUUCCGCUCCAUGCUGGUGGUCCACAAGCUGCUGCCCGCCGAGCUGCUGGCCAUGUGGGGGCUGGUGCACGGCAACCUCACGUGCGCACGGAGGCUGCAGGUGCUCUGACACCACAGGGCCCCCGGACCACCGAGGGCCGCAGUGCCUUUUGGUUCCCAGUGGGAGAUGAAGGGUCGGGAGGGGGGGGACUUGGUGUCCCCUGGGGAUGGGGGGGGCAGGUCCAGGGAGCUGGGCUUCCAGAUACUCUCAGAAAGUGAGGCUCAGGGGUGGCGGGAGCUGCUGGGGUAACUGAGGCCCAGCUCCGCGGCCCUGCCCCCCGCCCUUGCCCUCCUAGGACGGGAGGCCCAUGGCUGUGAAGGAGCGUCGCUCAGGUCCCUGGGCUGGGCCCAGGGGGUCCGUGACUGCCAGUGCCACCCACUAGGAGGGCUCUGCCUGUGAAAUGCCUCAGUUUCCCCCCUUCUCUCCCCCCAGGGCCAGGCCGCUCUUGCAACAGAAGCUCAGCACCCUGUGCAGGCUCACAGAGCAACCCCACUCGCCCACCAGCCUGGGUCUCCCGGGAGAGGGGUCCCUAGGGACCCAUCCCCACGCCCGCCUGGAGCAGGCUGCGUCCUCAGGUCCCCAGGUGAGGCCGGCCGCCUCUCCAGCUACCUCAGCCCGCGCCGCACCCCACCUGCCCUGC